AAGCGCCACGCUCAAAAUCGGCACAGUUUUAUGUUUCUUUCUUUAAUUUUUUUAUAAAUGAAACGGAGCAGACAGUAAUGCUGCACAAUGACCUGCCAGAUAAAUAUCAAAACAGCAUCUUUUGCUUUCACUCUGAUCACUGUCACGGUUUUAAAUGUGGGAUUUUGUAAAGACACUGACAUCGAUCCGAGUAAAUGUGUUGUGUGGGGUCCUGGACUGAAUCCUGAUGUUGUGCUGCCUGUCAGAUACUUCUACAUACAGACUGUUGAUUCACACGGACAAAACAUCACCAUCUCUCCUGCUAAAGACUCUUUCAAAGUGAAAAUAACUUCUUUGGAAAAGGAGUAUCUUCGUAUCCAUGUGCCACUACCCCUGGACCGGGCUGAUGGUUCGCUGCUUGUUAGAUACCGUCUGUAUGGAAGCUCUUCGAAGGGUUUGAAGAUUGAAGUGAUGUAUGAAGACAAGCCUGUGGCAAAGUCACCAUACACUCUUAAUGGUCCUGUUUAUCAUGAAUACUGUGAUUGUUCACAGUCAGAUGUGGCAGCAUGGCAAACGAUUAUGCAGUGCCCAGAGGAAGACCCCCAAAUACAAGCGGACUUCAGUCCGUUCCCUUCUAUCGACCUUCAGCGACUCUCGCAGGAGGUUCCACAGCGCUUUGCCAAACGGGGAGGAAUCAUUCACUACACCAUCUUAAAUAACCAGGUGCAUCGACGCUCGCUGGGCAAAUACACAGACUUCAAGAUGUUCUCGGAUGAGAUACUGCUCUCACUCGCUCGAAAAGUUAUUUUACCUGAUGUGGAAUUUUAUAUUAAUGUCGGCGACUGGCCAAUGGAGACUAGGACAGCGAGCGACAAACCUGGACCAGUGCCAAUAAUCUCAUGGUGUGGGUCCACAGACACACGGGACAUCAUCCUUCCCACUUAUGACAUCACACACUCAUCUCUAGAAGCCAUGAGAGGUGUCACAAAUGACCUGCUGUCCGUCCAGGGGAACACAGGUCCUGUGUGGUCUAAUAAAACAAGCAAGGCCUUCUUCAGAGGCCGAGACAGUCGAGAAGAACGCUUACACUUGGCGACCAUGUCUGAAAAACAUCCAGAGCUGCUUGACGCUGGAAUCACGGCGUACUUUUUCUUUCGGGAACGGGAGAAAGAUCUCGGCAAGGCUCCGCUGGUUGGUUUCUUUGACUUCUUUAAGUACAAAUAUCAGGUGAAUGUCGAUGGAACAGUAGCCGCCUACAGGUUUCCAUACUUGAUGCUGGGCAACAGUUUGGUCUUAAAGCAGGAUUCACCGUAUUAUGAACACUUCUACACUCAUCUGAAACCAGGUGUGCACUACAUACCUGUGAGGAGGAAUCUUUCUGAUCUCAUUGAGAAGAUCAACUGGGCUAAGAACAAUGAUGCAGAGGCGGAGCUCAUAGCUAAGACCAGCCAAUCACUGGUGAGGGAUCUGCUGCAGCCUCACAGACUCUACUGUUACUACUACUCAGUGUUUCAGAUCUAUGCGAGUCGACAGACCACUCAGCCUUCAGUUCAUCCUGACAUGGAAGCAGUGCCUCAGCCGUCUGAUCCCACAACACUGUGUAACUGUGAGAUGAGAUCAAUGGAGCAGAGGGAUGAGCUCUGACACAAUCCACCACACUUCCACUUAAGACAAGCAAUGUUUACAAAGACUUUCAAGAGAUGGGGUUGACUGAGCAGGUGUUCGUGGUUGUGUUUGUUGGUCUCCUCUGAAGAAUGACUGAUGAUGUAUUUACUCGUGCAUUAUUCUCACUACUUGUGUUUACUUUCUUAACAAGCUUUUAUUUUGGAUGUGGUUUACUUAGGAAUAUUUCUGUGCUUUCACAUUUAUGCCUUACGGAUAACACUAUUACACAGAUUCAAGCUAUAUAGGACUAAAUAAGAUGUAAUUGAAUUAGUAUUCUUAGCUCAUCUACAUGCCGAUCAAAUUAUUGAUCAUUUCACAGACCUGAGACCUGUGAAUGCCAAAGGAUUGUUUUUAAUUCAUUAUUCUAUUUUUUUUUAAUGAAGGUAAUGUAAACAGUAUAUCCAUAUUGAAGAUGUAUUGAGUGUAAUUGUAAGUAUUGUAGUUAAAGCAGUACUGAAAUUCACACUUGACUUUACUAAAUGAAAUACUGAAUGUUUUGCGAUUCAAAUUUUUGCACACUGUAAGAUCAUGGAGAUAAUAUCAAACAUAGGGGUGCUGCACAAUUUAAGAUGUGCCUGUGAUGGCAAAAUCUGAAAACAUGUAUUGUGCCUUAAGCUAAACUGUUUUGUUGGUUUGUAUUUGUGCCAAACGGUUGGUCAUGCAGUAGUCAAGUUAUUUCCGAGUUCAAUGAUUUACAGAAAAGAUUAAAACUGUUGUUUCUUAA